CCCAGAGCGGCGGACCCGGGCUCCUCCUGCAGCCUGCAGCCUGCCCCGGCCCCGCACCAUGCCCCGCACCGUGCCCCGCACCGUGCCCGGUGCCCCGGCCGCCGCCGCCCCGCUGCUGCUGCUGCUGGCGCUGCUGCUGGCGGCGGCCCCGCCGCACGGCGGCUCCGACAGCCCCAAGGGCAAGCAGAAGGCGCUCCGGCAGCGGGAGGUGGUGGACGUGUACAAUGGCAUGUGCUUACAAGGCCCCAGUGGCGUUCCUGGACGYGAUGGAAACCCAGGAGCCAACGGGAUCCCUGGGACGCCUGGGAUCCCGGGYCGGGAUGGGCUGAAAGGGGAGAAGGGCGAGUGCAUGCGUGAGAGCAUCGAGGAGUCCUGGACGCCCAACUUCAAGCAGUGCUCGUGGAGUGCGCUGAAUUACGGCAUCGACCUCGGCAAGAUCGCGGAAUGUACCUUUACAAAGAUGCGCUCCAACAGCGCUCUCCGCGUGCUCUUCAGCGGUUCCCUCCGGCUCAAGUGCAAGAGCGCCUGCUGCCAGCGCUGGUACUUCACCUUCAACGGGGCAGAGUGUGCCGGGCCUCUGCCCAUCGAAGCCAUCAUAUACCUGGACCAGGGAAGCCCAGAGCUGAAUUCCACUAUCAAUAUACACCGAACUUCUUCAGUGGAAGGUCUGUGCGAAGGGAUCAAUGCUGGCUUGGUGGAUAUUGCCAUCUGGGUUGGGACUUGCUCAGAUUAUCCACGGGGAGAUGCUUCUACUGGAUGGAAUUCAGUCUCCCGAAUCAUCAUUGAAGAACUGCCAAAAUAACUUCCCUCCCUUUUUAUAAUGCUUAUUUUAAUUUUUUUUAAAAUUUUGUAUCGUUUUCUUCAGAAUUUAUUUCAAUAGAGUUGGGUGCUAGUACUGGACUAAAGGGCACCAAAGCCUUGCAUCAGUAGCCUUUGUCUUGUUUUGCACAUGGCAGAGGCUUUUUAUAAUAAUAAUUUUAGAAUAAAAAUAUCAAACUCAAGUGCAUUAACUUUUAAAAUUUCUUGUUUGAUGUAAUACCACCACUGUUUUAAGAAUUAACCAUAACUUUUUGUAUCAAAUAAAUAAGAUCUUUUACAAAAAAAAAAAAGACAAACAAAAAAUACCCCAAACCAGGCUAUUUUAUUGAUUAUUAAUCUGCUUAAGGUAUUUUACAUYGUGUUAUAAUACAUAAUUUUUUUAGAAGGCUUUCUCUAUAAAAUUCUAAGAAAAUAAAAUCAGGUGCUGGCUUUAGCCUUCAGAAAACAUACAUAAAAUUGACUCCUGUAAACCUGACUGCAGAAUAAGAUGGUCUGCUGUUACAGUCUUGUCUUUCAACAAACUCCUGGUGACUUAACUGUGACCUAGACACUGUGGUAAGUGUUAAAUACCUCAYUGUGAAUAAUUAAACAAAAACAGACUGCCUAAGCCCUCCUUCUCUCUCUUGCUUCUUGAUAAGACUGGAUUUCACUGUAAUAUCUAUGACUGAUUUCCACUACUGAGUUGCAGACAAUAAUUUCAUUGCUCCUAUAAAAUAAUUACCCUGGAUUUAGCCUUUCACACAUGUAGAAUCAUUUUGGUASCAGUUAAAAGCUGGAUACAUUAAGUAGUUUAGAAGAUACAGAAAUAAGGCAGGUUGAAAUACCUAGGCUUUCAAAAAGUGUUCUGGUACAGCAAAAACAACAACAUCACAGCAAGUGACAACACUGAUCAUGCCAGCAGACCAUUAGCUUGAGGGUUUUAAAUACUUUCUUCCAAAUUCUGCAAAUGACAUACUCAAGUAAUUUUAAUAGUUGUACACAUUCUGAAGAGAAACAAUAGUCAUAUUUGUAUUACAAAAUCAAUUUUACAAUAAUGAAAUAAAAAACCCAUGAAAAGCAUGUACAACAUGCAAAAAUCUCCACUCUUCCAGAAGUUAAAAGGAAAAAAACUCAUUAAAUCUGAAUGAAAUAAACAAAUUUAUUUCAACUAUUUAGGAUUAAAUCUCAUCUUCUUUUUUGAACAGGCUGUAAGAUUUCCCCCAGGCAUCUCCCAGACUGGUAGCUCUCGCYUGUAGCUGCUGCAGAUAGCAGAGGAGCACACGUGCAGUGAGGGRAGCAUUUGGGCUUGCCCAACUGUGAGACUGUGAGAUUUGCUGCAAGCCAGCGAGUUACACAGCUGGUAUUUUGUCUCUGAAGAACUGUAAUGUUUUCACUGGCUUGGAYGAUGGUUUUAAGGUAUCUGAGCACAAACGAGUUACUAUGAGCUGAGCUCUGGUGUGAAUGUACAGAAAGUCAGUUAACAUACAGUAAGUGAUUGUGCACAUGCCUGCAGCCUGACUUUGCAUUUAUCCUCAAGCACAACUGAGCUGUUCUGGGCCCAGAGCACACUAAUCCAGGGUAGUACGUGCACAACUUUAUCCUUUUCUUUAUGAUUUUUUUCAUACGUCUGUGCAAUAUAUUCUGGACCCUGGGUGGCAGAGUUGACUUCAUUCUGUGUACCACAAAACACACAAACCCAAGUAAGCACCCUCCAAAGGCAGAAGUUAGCUGCUGUUAUGAAUAUACAUAAUUUGCAUGGUAAACUUCCAGUAAACUUAUCUUCAGCUAAAUACACACGGAACAUUCCGUAUUAAAAACCAAAGCCAGCCAUACUAGGCCUAAUGAGAUUAUUAUUUCAAAUUAGACUAUCAACUGUAUUGGUARAUGAGAUGAAUUGUGGAAGACAAAGUGGAAAUUAUUAAUAAUUAAUCACAAAAUGUGUCAUGUGGCAAUAACAUCUACAAAAACAAGCAAGUGGCUUGCUGAAUUAAGAUUCAGAAUACUUAGUAGUUUCUGUCCAGAUUUUAAUUAAAAAUUUAAACCAAUUCCCCGAUCUGUUAAAUUUUUAUUAAAAAUAGUUCUUCUUGCUUUAGGUUAGUCUGGUAAACAGGAAACUUCUUUAAGUGAUUAUUCAGGAUUACUCCGCUCCUUACAUAACUGAUUAUUUCCCUGUAUGUGCUGAAUAGCCUUUGCUAAUUUAUUUCCUUGAAAAAUGAUACUUUCUAGAUACUUCUUAAUAUCUUCUUACUAACAACARAGGGCAGAUGUUAGGGUCAAUAAUGCAUUUUCCUAAAGAACUAAAAAAACCCUCAACCUGUUCUGUUUUUUUUUUUUUUGAAGAAAGUCCUGUGCACAGGGUUUUUUUUUAGACAAGGAAUUUUUUUCUGCAGAGAAUAUUAUUGAAAAUAAUCAUGGUCAUAUUUGUUAUUACACUGGUUUGAACACUGCAUCACUGUAGGUUCACUAUAAUAAAAUCCUCAUUUUUAAAUGUGAGCCCAYU